AUGCAAGAUGGAAAUGGGUGCGGAAAGUCGACUUUCGCGAACAAGCAACGAACAAGCACCUUCAACACCAUCCCUAUCAAUCGACACCACCAGUUCAACUCAUCCAUAACUAUGACUGCCCAAGCCCCCGCUGACCCUUCCGCAAUGGUUAUGCCUCCUGCUCCAGAGCGCAUUGAGUGGUACUGCACUUCUGGCCUCAAGCCAGUUAUUGAUACAACAGGGACGAAAAAAGGGAAGGGGAGAGGAGGCCAGCAGUGCUACAAAGAGGACAACAAGAGUUCGAGCGAGUGUGAUGCAGCGACGGAGAAAGCAGGAAGUGUACCAGUAAACGAGAGUAUAACCAUACUCGAUGACGACACCGAAGACGAAGCAGACAACCACCAAGCCCUCGCCAUCCCCGCUUCCUCAAUUGUCGAAUACGCCGAAGAUCUCGGGCUCCGCGCUGGUUGUGACGAUGGGAAUGGGAUAGACGAGGUUGGUGAAGAUAGGGCUGACAUAGAUUUCGAAGAAUACGAUGCGUAA